GAAUUAGGCCCAGCUUCUUCGGCUCUCACAAUCUCCGGUUCUUCCUCCGGUGAACUCUUCGCCGUCUCAUUCUCCGGCGAAACUCAGUUUUGCUGCAGGCUAAAAGACAUGGCAUUGUCCUAUAUCAGAUCAUUGAGAAGCAUGAACAUUCCCAAAGAGUUAAUUCAAAUGGGAGGCUGCAGAACAUUUGCUGUGGGCAGUAAAUCAAAGAAAGGUGGUAAAGGGGGUGCAGCUGCUGAUGCUUCAAAGGCAUCAACAAUCAGCAAUGAAGUCAAGGCCACUGCAGUUGUUGGAGCAAAUAUCCUCAAGGAUGGAGCAAAUCCUAAAAUAUUGCAGGACUCAGAAUACUCGGGAUGGCUGUGGCACCUGCUGGAUAAACGUCCUGCACUGAGCGAAUUGAGAAGGAAAGACAUUGAGUCUCUCCCUUAUGAGGACCUCAAACGCUUUGUCAAGCUGGAUAAUCGAGAUAGGAUCAAGGAAAACAACUCAAUCAGGGCCAAGAAUUGAAAUCUCUUUUGAAGGUGGUGUAUUUUAUCAUACUCUAAUCCCUUACUCGUAUAAUAUCUGACAAUUAAAUAAUGGCUUCUCUAGUGACAUUACUAUGAUAUAUAUGCAAGUUUUUAUUUUCUAGUUUCUUA